AUGAGCGGUGGACAGAAUCUGCAGCACUUGUCGCCUGCAGAGCAGGCGGCAGUGAUGAAAGAGUUGAACCAUUUACACAUAAAGGAUACCAUGGAUACAUACAACUCGGUGGUGGAGCGUUGUUUCAACGAGUGCAUUACUCAGUUCCGAGCAAAGGACCUUGAUGAUACUGAGCAACAAUGUGUGCGGCGUUGUGUGCGGAAGUUCAUGCUGUUCUCGCAGCGGGUCGGGCUUCGCUUCGCGGAGAAAAAUAUGGACGCUGGAAGUAAAUGA